AAAGAAAAUUUAGGAACCGUAUGAAAACUGGUUCUCGACCUCAGUCGGAAUACCUCUAAAAUUACCAUUCACCAUUAUAAUGCGAUUUAGAACCAGUCUAGCCACAUGAUGUUGACACAACAUCAUAACACGUUGCGAAGUCGCAAAGCCGCGAAGAGUGAAACCUGAAACCCUUGUUAUCACAUCAGCUGAAGAUGCUGAUGACGCCCCUUAGACCAAGAUGAUAACAGGAAAAUAAUGCGCAAAAUUCGGCGUUUGUUAUUUUUCCUUUCCGUUGCAUUCGUCUUUACCAGUGUAUUUUACAUUAUUGGUGUUGUGUUCCACAGUUUCUUUGAUGCGCACGCCGGAUUGCACAUUAUUACGGAGAUCGAUGACUAUGGAGAGAUUCAUACAAUCCCACUGAAGAAUUUCAACCCAGAUGAUUUUCUUAGGGCAUUUAAAGAAGAAGGAGGGCAGAAUUAUGGUUACAAUGCUAAUAAGAGUCUCCAUAUUCCAUGGAACAGAACCAUUCCUGAAAGGAGACCACAAAGUUGUAGACACCUGAGGAAACCCAGCAAGAGUCUACCAUCUGCCUCCAUUAUUAUCACUCUACAGAAUGAGGCCCCCUCUGUGGUACUCAGGAUGGUCAUGAGCAUUCUCAGAUGUUCAUCACCAAGUCUGAUCAAAGAGAUUAUAUUAAUUGAUUCCAGUGAAGAUGAAACAGAUGUGUAUCACAGAUCUCUCUCGGCAAUUCCAAACGUGUAUUUCCAUACACAGCCAGGAGUAAAAGGGUUGGUAGCAGGCUUGUUACUGGGAGUGGCUAAGUCCUCAGGGGAGGUCCUUGUCCUCAUGACCGCCCCAGGGGAGGUAACUGCUGGGUGGCUGGAACCUCUACUGGAGAGAAUCCACAGGAGACCUAAUCUCAUUGUUAGUCCAGUAGUAGAUUUUAUACAUUUUGAAACUUUUGAGUCUGAAUCUACUAAUACCAAUCAAAAAGCAGUUUUUGAUUGGAGUUUAUCUGUGAAGUGGCAGCAGUUGACAGCAGCAGAGUCAAACAAACCUAUUCUAUCACCUCUCAUUGAAGGGAAGAUUAUAGCCAUAGAAAGGAAACACUUCUUGAAACUGGGUCAAAUUGAUCCAGAUCUGGAAAAUAUUGCAACAGCCAGCUUAGAGCUGUCUUUGAAAUCCUGGUUGUGUGGAGGUACGGUAGAAAUCAUUCCCUGUAGUCACGUGGGUAUUAUCAGGAAAAAGAAGAGAGCAGUGACUCAGAACAGCAAGUCCCUCUCUGUUGUCAGAGAUCUGCGGAGAGUGGCAGAGGUGUGGUUAGAUGGGUACAAGAGAUAUUUCUAUGCCAGUCGUCCCUCGGCCAGAAUGACCUCUCAUGGCAGUGUAGCGGAAAGGAGGAAGUUGCGUAAGCAGUUAAAGUGUCGGCCAUUUAAGUGGUACCUGGACCACGUUCUCCCUCAGCUGAGGCCGCCGUCAGACGAGGACUUUGUCUACGGGAGGAUCAGACAGGGGUCAGGGAUGUGUAUGGACAUUGCCCGGGGGCAUGUCCCGGUAAUGGCCAGUCUCAGUGAGUGUUCCGAGGAAAAAAGUUCUCAGGAAUGGACUUGGAAAAAGAAAGGAAUGAUAAAGAACAAUGGAAUGUGCUUGACGGCUGAUGUAAAGGAGACGCAUGGUUAUGUUCUGAUGCAGUAUUGUAACGGUGCAAGUUCUCAGCUUUGGUUUAGGCAGAACAACAUGAUUGUUCAUGAGCCAUCUAAACAGUGUAUUGACAGUCAUAAAGCUGAUAUAGGGCUGGUGUUAUCAGAUUGUGAUGGAUUCAUCCAGUCUCAACAGUGGACUCUGCCAAAGGAGGAUACCAGGUGAAAUGUGUUCAGUUCAGGAAUAAGAAUUUCUGUAUACAUUACUUGGGUAAAUACUCUUCACACAGAAACUCGUACAAUUUAGAAGACUGCUACUUGUAGUAGAAUUUAUACAAAGGUGUGACAGAAGAAAUUGUUUUAUUUUUGAUUUUGUUAAAAAAAACACAGUGAUUCUGAUCUCCCCACAAAACUAAAAAAUAUAAGUAAAUGUAUGUUAAUUUUGUGUGUUUUUGAGUACUAGUGUUAGGAUAAAAUGCAUCAUUUAUGUGAGUGAUAUCACCUUUAUCUAUAUAAUUUUAAAUUAUUGAAUUUUUUCCUGGGGUCUUCCAAAAACAUAUGUGAUAGAUGGAUGUGUUGUAGCUAUAUUAAACCUGUGUAUGAGUAAAAUGAUGUGUGUGUUAUAUUAUGUGUUAUAUGCUGUUGUCUUUUAGCAAUAUUAUAGCCAAAGAAUUCUACAAUAAAAAUCUGUUCAAAGCAAA